GCCUUUCAUAUAUACCAACUCAAAUAGUAGUAUAGGAAUUAGAAGUAGGGAAGAAAGAAAAGCAUGGAAGAAAAUCUAAUAAUAACAAAACAAAGUGAGAAGCAGAGAGUUACAUGGGAUGGUUUGGGUGAAGAAAUGAAGAGGAUCAUUCGAGUAGCAGGGCCUAUGGUGUUUGUGUAUGCUUCCCAGAAUCUGUUGCAGGUUGUGUCCAUCAUGAUGAUUGGUCAUCUCAAUGACGAGCUUUUUCUUUCCGGCGCCGCCUUAGCCAUCUCUCUUGCCACCGUCACUGGUUUCAGCCUUCUUACGGGAAUGGCUAGUGGACUUGAAACUAUAUGUGGACAAGCUUACGGAGCUCGACAAUAUCAAAAAACUGGAGUGCAAACAUACACUGCUAUAUUCUCUCUCACAUGUGUUUGUCUUCCCCUGACUAUAAUUUGGAUCAGCUUGGAAAAUAUACUAGUUUUCAUAGGCCAAGACCCUCUCAUUGCACACGAAGCAGGAAACUUUAUAAUUUGGCUUCUUCCAGCACUUUUUGCAUAUGCAAUUCUGCAGCCGUUAGUUCGAUAUUUUCAAAUGCAAAGUCUGCUUCUUCCCAUGCUUGCAACUUCUUGUGUCACUCUUUGUCUCCACAUACCCCUUUGUUGGGCUUUGGUGUUCAAGACUGAACUGAGUAAUGUUGGUGGAGCAUUAGCAAUGAGCAUUUCAAUAUGGUUAAAUGUGAUUUUUCUCGUAUUAUACAUGAGAUACUCUCCUGCAUGUGAAAAAACCCGUGCACCAGUGUCUAUGGAGCUGUUCCAAGGAAUUUGGGAGUUUUUUCGCUUUGCUAUCCCUUCUGCAGUGAUGAUUUGCCUUGAAUGGUGGUCAUUUGAGCUGCUUAUCUUACUGUCUGGGUUGUUACCAAAUCCACAACUUGAAACUUCAGUUCUAUCCAUUUGUCUCAACACCAUUUCCACACUCUAUGCAAUAGCUUUUGGAAUUGCUGCUGCAGCAAGCACAAGGAUUUCAAAUGAAUUAGGUGCAGGGAAUCCACAUUCUGCCCGUGUUGCUGUGUUGGCUUCAAUGUCUUUUGCAAUCAUGGAGGCAACUAUAAUUAGCGGAAUCCUCUUUGUCUGUCGCCAUGUUUUCGGUUAUACUUUCAGUAACAAGAAGGAAGUUGUUGAUUAUGUCACUGUUAUGGCUCCUCUAGUUUGCAUAUCUGUUAUACUGGACAAUAUACAAGGUGUUCUCGCAGGGAUUGCUAGAGGUUGUGGAUGGCAACACAUAGGGGUUUAUGUGAAUCUAGGGGCAUUCUACCUCUGCGGGAUUCCUGUUGCUGCAUCAUUGGCAUUUUUGGCUAAAAUGAGUGGAAAAGGACUUUGGAUUGGUUUACAAGUCGGUGCCUUUGUUCAAUGUGCUCUACUUUCUACCGUAACAAGUUGCACAAACUGGGAACAACAGGCAAUGAAGGCAAGAAAGCGGUUAUUUGAUAGUGAAAUUUCAGCAGAAAAUAUACUGGUAUGAGAGCCCAUGAUCAAAAAGGCUAAUUUUUUAAGAUGGAACAACUCUUCAUGAGUGAGAAGUAGGAGCUCAAUCUCUUCAUUAGUAGUUUGAAACUUGAAAGCUAUGGUUAAUGAGACUUUCUUUAGUUCGUUAUUAUUGUUGUUUGUUAAAUUAAAAUAUAUUUUCUGAAUUCA